AUGCAAGCAUCUACAGGACUUCACACAGGAGGGAAACAGAGCCACUCUAGAACUAGAUGUCGAUCCCUUUCUUCUCGGCGAAAACCUGAUUCUUCAAGCCUAAGAACGAUGAGUAAAUCACCGCUACCUCUGCAAAAUGUGCCCGGGGCGGAAAAGCAUGUGAUCAAGAAGGAAGCUUUGGUAAAGCUUUUGCGAUGGCAUUUUGGAUAUCCUGAUUUUCGUGGGAAGCAGUUGGAAGCCAUUGAAGCUGUUUUAUCAGGGAGAGAUUGUUUCUGUCUUAUGCCAACUGGUGGAGGAAAGUCGAUGUGUUAUCAGAUUCCUGCUCUUGCAAAACAGGGAAUUGUUCUCGUUGUUAGUCCUCUAAUAGCUCUUAUGGAAAAUCAAGUAUCAGCUUUGAAAGAGGAAGGGAUUGCUGCUGAAUAUCUCUCAUCAACCCUGACUGUUAAAGCUAAGAAUGAGGUUUAUGAAAACCUUGAUAUGGGAAAGCCAUCUUUGAGGCUGCUAUAUGUUACACCUGAACUCAUUGCGACAUCAGGGUUUAUGGCAAAGCUGAGAAAGAUUCAUGGCAGAGGAUUGCUCAAUCUCAUUGCAAUUGACGAGGCGCACUGUGUAUCAACAUGGGGACAUGAUUUCAGGCCAAGCUACAGAAAGCUUUCUUCUCUAAGGAAUCACUUGCCCAGCGUACCAGUUCUGGCUUUGACAGCUACAGCUGCUCCUAAAGUCCAAGAGGAUGUGAUAGUAUCCUUGUGUUUGCAGAACCCACUUGUUCUGAAAUCAUCAUUCAACCGCCCAAAUAUAUAUUAUGAAGUUCGCUAUAAAGACUUGAUGGAUAAUCCAUAUUCCGAUAUUUGUAAUUAUCUUAAAUCCUGUGGAAACAUAUGUGCCAUUAUUUACUGCCUUGAGCGUGCAGCUUGUGAUGAACUGGCCGUGCACUUAUCCAAGCAUGGAAUUUCUUCUGCUGGAUUAAACAGUAAAUUAAGGAGCUCUGUCUUGGAUGAUUGGAUAUCCUCUAAAACACAAGUAGUUGUGGCUACUGUAGCUUUUGGACAUGUAGAAGUUGAUAAGUUCUCUUGUGGAUUUCCCUGGGUUUUACUGCUCUCAGUUAUGUUGAUCAGGAUCAGGAUGGUAUGCAACGGUUCUUUCAUUUUGGAAAAGGUAUUGAUCGGAAGGAUGUUAGAGUUGUUUGCCAUUUUAAUAUCCCCAAGUCUAUGGAGUCCUUCUACCAGGAGUCAGGUCGAGCUGGCCGUGAUCAAUUGCCUUCUCAAAGAAUUCAUUUUGAAUAAGGCUGCUAACAAUAAGUCACAAUCUUCAAGCUCUGAGGAUGUGUCCUCCAAAAAACCCCUCAGCGAUUUCCGUGAGAUGGUUGAAUAUUGUGAGGGGUCUGGCUGUCGAAGGAAAAAGAUCCUUAAAAGUUUUGGAGAAGAGGUAACAUCAUCAUUCUGCGCUAAAUCAUGUGACGCAUGCAAACAUCCUAAUGUUGUUUCAAAGUAUUUGGAGGAUCUCACAAGUGCUACUGCUACUCGGCAUAGAAAUGGGUCAUCUCGGAUAUACAUGAGCAGUGCUUCAGCCUUCAGUGGUGAGGAGCAGUAUUCGGAAUUCUGGAACCGUGAUGAUGAAGAAAGUGCAUCUGAGGAAGAUAUAUCGGAUUCUGAUGAUCCUGUUGAGUUAGCAAAAAGGGUUGCACUUAAAAAUAAAUCUUCAGAACCGAGGAUGAGUGAAAGAAUGGAGCUAUUGCAGCGUGCAGAAGAUAACUAUUACCGGACUACAAAUAUUCAAGACAAGAAGUUGAACAAAUCUGACAAGAACUCCAUAUCUGAAAACCUGAGAAAGUCCAGUAAGCAGAGGUUACUAAACACAUUCAACCAAUACCAGACCCGGUUCACCAAUUUACAGAUUGAUUUCAGUUCAUGUGCUGAUGCAAUCGAGAGUGAAUGCCAUAAGAAGUACGAGAAAAGUGGCAAGUCGUUUUAUUUGUCUCAGAUGGCGAGUACGGUUAGAUGGCUGUCGAAAGCAACACCCGACGAGCUCAAAGUUAAACUCGAUACAAUUUCUAAAAAGUCAGUUGAGGUUAUUACUGUGUUGGCCCCAGAAAUCUCACGAGAGCAGGAAAAAGAAACUCAAGAUAGCAUUAAACCUGUAUCUUCUGUUGCUCGGGAUACAUUGAGACCACAAAUUCUGUCUUUCUCGGAGUUUGUUAACAGACGUAAAGUGACAGAUACGCAGAUUUCGGCAUCUAAAAGGCAGUCGGAAGAUGGAGCUGCCCGAGGUGGGGAGAAGAAAAGUAGAUGCUAAGCUUCUUGCUUGAACAUAUAUUCUUACAUUUUUUGCCCCAAACAAUGAUAAAAGUUGUUUCCUUGUAUUGGUUUUUGGAUUGUAAUGUGGGAGCGAGCAAAACUGGUUUUAUCUGCCUAGUUUUUGUACGAUGUGUUCAAAUUACUGUCCAUGAAUAAUCAUCAUUUUUUUUUUCCCCUGUG